AUGGGGUUUAUCAAGUUUGAGGCAAGGAAGAGCCUAUGAUUCGGUGCUGACACUUAUUCUCUCUCCUCUGGGUUUGUCUUCAAACUCACUAGAACAACAGGAACCCAUUACCCAUGUAGCUUGAAGGAACUUUCUUAUAGAUUGACCUAUACAUACAUAUAUACAUCAAUGGAGGCUGGAAGGAACUUUUUUACUUCAUCUCCUCCAGUCCCUCCUCGAACCCAUCUCAAGAACUCCCCAUCUUAUUCUUCUUCAGAACAAGAAGCUCAUGUUACCUGUAACUUUUGCAGUUUUGAUGCUUCAUGAGCAAGCAUCUCGUGCACUUCCCUUUAUGCCUACUUCUUCUUUAGCUCGACAUUUCCCAACCUCAGUUCUUCUACAAGAGCAGCGUGAUGAGAAUAGGCCUUUCUUGCACAUAAUGAAAGAAGAUAAAAUAUCUCAGGUAACAUUGGACAGUAGGCGGAUGGAAAGUGGGUCCUCAGAACAUGAAGAGAAUAUAAAUAUUGAUUCUGAUCAACGCCUAAAGGAUUUUCAACGUCAGAUGCUUAAUUUGCCCGGUUUAAGACUGCAGUUUUUGCUGAGAGAGGAAAUAACAUCCUUAACUAUGCUCUCUGUUUCGAGUAAAGCAAAGAAGCUUAUGUUGGACAUUGAACCACAUAAUGUGGUUGCCCUUGCUAAGAAAGCUUUGUCAGCCUCAAAGAAAGCCGCUUUGUUAGCUGAGGAUUCACAGUUAUUUGAAGCCGAUGUUGAUGAAUGCCUAACUCCUAGUUCAAGAUCCACAAGUUUCGAUAAUUUUCCACCUGAGGAGAAAACCGUAAGGUCAACACGUCUACUAGAGAGGCGAUCUAAGAGAAGGAGGGUGACAAAGCUGAAUGUUGUGGUUCAUGAGAGAAGGGCAGAGUUACAAAGAAAAACAAGCGAAGCAUUCGAUCCAAACGACCCCCUUCGACUGUUUCUUCGGAGUGCAGAAACUAAGCAACUUUUGGCUGUAGAAGAAGAAUCUGAUUUGAUUGCUCAGAUACAGGAUCUGAUGAGAUUGGAGGAAGUGAAGAGUAGGCUUCUGUCUCAGUUUGACCGUGAACCGACACUAAUCGAAUGGGCUGCAGCUGUUGGGCUUAGUUGUCAGAGGUUGAAGAUGCGACUCCACUGUGGUCACAGUAGCAGGGAGAGGUUAAUUUACGCCAAUUUUCGUAUGGUGGUUCAUAUUGCCAAACAAUACCAGGGGCGUGGUCUCAACCUUCAAGAUUUAUUGCAGGAGGGAAGUAGAGGCCUUAUGAGAAGUGUCGAGAAAUUCAAGCCUCAAGGUGGCUGCCGAUUUGCAUCUUAUGCUUACUGGUGGAUAAGACAAUCGAUUCGGAAAGCCAUUUUUCACCAUUCUAGGACAAUUCGCCUGCCAGAUAAUGUAUAUAACCUUCUGUACAAGGUGAUGGAAGCAAAGAGGUCAUGCAUUGGAGAAGGAAAUCAUCAACCGACAAAAGAGGAAGUUGCAGUACGUAUUGGAAUGACAAUCGAUAAGUUGGAAUUGUUGUUACAUUCUGCAAGGAUGCCUCUUUCGAUGCAGCAGCCUGUGUGGGCGGACCAAAACACUACUUUUCAGGAAAUCACAGCCGACACUUCAAUUGAGAUCCCGGAUCUGAGUGUGGAGAAGCAACUAAUGAGGCAGCACGUCCGCAACGUCCUGAGCAUUCUCUCUCCUAAAGAGAGGAAAAUAGUCCGGCUGAGAUAUGGCAUUGAUGGCGACAAACCAAAAACACUGUCUGCAAUCGGUGAUGUUUUUGGGUUAUCUAAGGAGAGAGUACGGCAGCUGGAGACCCGAGCCUUACACAAGUUGAGGCAAAGUCUCAGUAGCCAAGGACUAGAAGCUUAUGCAAAUUUGAUAAUUUAGAUUUAGUGAUACGUAUGGCCCUCUGCCAUUUUGUUCUACAGGGUCAGGGUUUUUCUUUCUUUGAAAUCUUUCUAGUGCAGAAAAAUUAGUAAGCUUUGAAUUUCUAGGGUUCUUCAAGCUGAAUUUAUUCUGCAAGUGAAUUGAAUGUACCAGCACCAAAAAAAUGAAUGUACAUACGUUGUUGGCCCCGUGUA